GAAACGCUUUAUAAAUUUUGUUCAACAAUAGUGCGGUGAAGCGAAUUUAAUUUAAACCAGGUGUUUGAUGUUGCAUUCUGGGAAUGUUGAUGUACGAAUCACGUUGUUUGUUGGUCAACAUGGAUGUGUCUACAACCUGUUAUGCACAUUACUCAGUGCUGGCCAUUCUUGUAAUGGUUGGUUCCAUCCAGAUGCAAUGAGUCUGUUUAGCAGUCUCUGAACGUCCCAUAUUGAACGUCCAUCAAAGUGCCUUUUUUAUUCCUGCCUAGCUCAAGCAAUAUGUACAUAACUAGAUUUAGGUGCUUCUAACAAAAGGGGAUGCAAGCCAAAAAUGAAACGGUUUCGUCGCCGUAUAUCUCACACAUUUCAUACUCAAAGAAUGAACAGCGACAAUGGCAUUUCAGAUCUUGCCGAACGUCUUUCAAUAGAAGAGAAUUUAAAAGAGAAUGGUGACAUAAGCAAAAAUGGAGGACGUUUUGGCUUCCUAGCCAGAGCUAGUAGAAGCUUGUCUUUAUCAACAUCUAGAAUUAUCGAUAUUCAUAAAAGCAAUACCUCUGUGCCUGAAGAUCCUGAGUUCAGCCGAAAUUUUUCUCAAGUUGCUGAAAGCAAAAGAUCUUCCAAUCGAUCUACAUCUCCAAAAAUAGUUCCGUGGAAACGUUCUCGGGACUUUUCAAGACUAUUGAAUCGUACAAAAGGAGAAAAGUUACAAGGUAUGAUGAAAAUUAAUCUAAUUCUGUAA